AUGGAGCGAGCACCAACCCGACAAACAUCCGAAUAUCUUCUCGGACUAUCCGCGCACUUCUUGACCCUCCGUAACCUACCCAUGUGCUGGCAAUACGCCCUCCGAGUCAGAGAAUCUGGCACCGACAAGCACUCUAUCCGCCGGGCCGACUCUAGGAACCGUCACCUCGUUCAGAGCCAGUACGAGAAGCUCGCGGCUCUCCUUAACCCCAACGUUAACAAGUUUGCUUUCUCCCAGGACGCCCUCGGACUCGUCUGGGAAGCUUGGUCUGUGCUCUCCGACCCAGAAAAGAAGGCCCAGUACGAGAACGAAAUCAGCUUUCCGGAAAAGUGCAACGAGCACAAGGAGAAGAAAGGGAUCGAGAACGAGAGAGAUGCGGAUUUUUUUUCAUUUUAA